GUUUAAAUGUAACGGUUUCUUCGCACUUUCAAUACACAUCAUUUAGACGCAGAGUAGCACUUUUUUAAUACUGUUUUGAACACCACAAACCAAAUUUCCAACCAAAUGUAACCCCUUUUGUAGAAACUGGGAGAGUAUGCGUCACACUUAAAUAAGGACAUGACGCUGUACAGCUUAAACCGCUUAUGAGAUAAUCGAAAUAAGAAAAUUCGAGAUAUCCACAAAAAUGCAGUGGUUGUCAUGUCAACUGUGACAACUAAAAUAAAUCAUUGACCUUAUUUCGUGUAUUCAAGAGAAAAACGAAAUGUCAGCGGAAGAUAGAUUUUCUAUGUCAGCAGAAAAAUACCUUGCAAAACACAAUAUACUAAUAUACUUUGAGGAUAGUAUUGCCCAGCUGUUAGAACACAGAGAAGAAAAUCCAAAACUGAACUCUAUUAAAUUCCUAAGUGAAUACUUCAAUGCCUUACGAGAUGGAAACCAUACAAUGUUUAGAGAAUACUCAUUUGUACAUGUGACAUCACACAACAGAGCAUCAUUUGUACGUUUAUUUUGGAAAUGUUACAGACAGAUUGGUAAAAAGGGAGAUUUACUCAGUGUUAAUGAAUACCAUUCCCUUCUUACUUUGUUAUGUCCUGACUUUCCAUUUGAAAUUGUACAGAAGACAGCAAGGAUCAUUCUUCUUGAUGAUGCUAUGGACUGUCUCAUUAGUUUCUCUGACUUUAUUUAUGCAUUUCAAAUCCAGUUUUACUUUGAAGAGUUUAUAGAGAAAGUACAUGACCAAUACCAGUCCCUAAUUCAAACUCAGAGAAGUCCUCGGGACCCUGUUGUAGUGCCAUCAGGCACAGACGACACCAGUAUUCAUCAGAAUAGCCACCAUCCUGCAGAUGGAGUUGAUGCCAUGCAAUACUUCAGAGCUGUGUUCCCACUAUGUGAUAGGUCAAAUUAUAGUACACCACCAGCAAACAGUUUAAAGGAGAUUUUAUUUAAUGUACCAAGAGUGUCAUUUUAUGGUUUUUUAAUGGCCAUGGCAAAGAGUGAGUCAAUCAAUGAUCAUAUAGGUCGACUUCCAACUAAAUCUGAACUGUUAGAAGGAGCUGAUUCUGAAUUGACAACGGUAGCUGUUUGAAGGAUAAGCAUAUAUAAUUAUUAAUGAGGAUGGGAUGUGGUGUUGGGCUGCUUCUUUGUAUGACAUUUUGUUUCGUCCUUUAAAAAUAUUUGUCUCAAUUAUAUUUUUUACCGUAGUGUUAUUUUGCAUUGUGUGCUGAUUGUAAAUUUGAAAUAAAAUUUGCUUAAAGGAAUUUCAGUUCUCUUAAAUGCAAAUAUCGUCUUUCCUAGCAGGUACAACAUUAUUAUUCAGUCUUAUUCUUUAGCUGUUCAAAGAUGUAGGGUCCUGUGUAUACAGAACAAGUCAAACUGAUAAAUUUUGAAUUUGUACAUACUAAUAUUUCAUGGACUCUACUGUACUACUGAUUCACAUUAGUUCACUUUAAUAUAUCAUGUCUUUUCACAUUUACAAAUCUUUGAAAUCAUAAAAGGCAUUUAGUGUCUACUAAAAUUACUGUGAUGUCGACUAGUUUCAAAUUCCAAUUAAAAACAUUUCAUUUAACCAUAUUGGUAUCUUGUGCAAAUGUAACUUGCCACCAUUACUUUAAUCUGUUACUAAGCUUCCAGCUAUAGGGCUCGUGCUAGUGCUUUGCAUUUUAGAAUGAUAAAUUAGCUGUAAAAAAUGCUGGUUACUCAGUAUAAUAUUUUUGAAAUCAAAUAUGGGUUAAUGCAACAAGUUAAAAUAAGAAUAAAAUAUGUUGUUGUCACGUAGCUCAUAGAUCUGAAAUGCAGUUUUUUCUGUUAUUGGGAAGAGGCAUCACUAUAUACACGUGUGCCUUGUUUAUGCAGUAAAUGUAAACAAAAACAAUGCUCACAUACUACUGUACCUUGUGACCAACUAUGUCUUAGCAUAGUAAUAAGCAGGUGAAUUUAUAUGUAUACAUUUGAUUUUCUGGAAGAUGAUUCUUUUGUUUCAUGUUUGAAGAAUUUGAGCCACAUUAGGAAAGACAUUU